AUGGGUGAUCUAUACGUGCCAUCUUAUUUUGAAAAAUCACCCCGAUCGUUGUUUGAUUCAACUUUUCAGGCUGAGAAUGUUUUACUUCGUGAACCCUAUCCAUCUACUGAUGNUGAUGUCUUUCUCACCGAUUUCGGUUUGGCAACUGAACUAACUGAGGACAAGCAACAACGGGAAUUGGCUGGCACCCCGGAUUAUGCGGGUAAGUUUCGAACUAAAAUGGACUGA